UCAGAAACUCCCCAACUGAAUGAAGAAGUGAACUUGAGAGACAUGUUGCUGUUCAGUUCCAUUUGACACAGAGCAUGUGCUAUCUGUAUGGGAAAGAAUCAAGAACCGUAAACAGUAGCCGUGAAGAAUGGAAUAUCAUCUUGAAGUGUAAUUUCAGUUAAUUUUCUAGUUUAGCCUGAGACGAUUUUUCAGACAAAUGAAAGCAGAGACUCUCAAGCAUAACUGUAGAGCAACUGCAACUACCAGAGAAAAUGGCGUCCAAGUCUUUUUCACAAGAGGAUUUUUCCUGUCCUGUUUGUUUUGAAAUCUUCAAGAAUCCCGUUAUUCUAACAUGUAGUCACAGUAUGUGUAAAGUCUGCUUACAGAAGUUCUGGGAGACUAAAGGAUCCAGGGAAUGUCCAGUCUGCAGGAGAAAAUCCUCUAAAAGUGACCUUCCACUUAACCGCCAUCUAAAGAAUCUGUGUGAGACUUUCCAACAGGAGAGAAGUCAGAGAGAUCCUUUCUGCAGUCUGCACCGUUCUGAACUCAAGCUUUUCUGUGAAGAUGACAAACAGCUUGUGUGUGUGGUGUGUCGAGACUCAAAACUCCACAAGAACCACACAUUCAGUCCUAUCAGUGAAGCAGCAUUUGAGCAUAAGCAGGAAGAACUGAAGAUCAAACUGGAGCCCUUACAGAAGAAGCUGGACAACUUUAAACAAGUUAAAACAACCAGUGAUAAAACUGCCCAACACAUAAGAGUCCAGGCCCAACACACAGAGAGGAAGAUCAAGAAGGAGUUUGAAAAGCUUCACCAGUUUCUACGAGAUGAAGAGGCAGCCAGGUUAGCUGCACUGAGGGAGGAAGAGGAGCAGAAGAGUCAGAUGAUGAAGGAGAAAAUUGAGAAGAUGAGCAGAGAGAUCUCAUCUCUUUCAGACACAACCAGAGCCAUAGAGGAGGAGAUGGGAGCUGAUGACAUCACAUUCCUGCAGGUAGGGCCCAUGCUUUAUCUUUGUUAGUGAACCUCUGACACCAACAGAUGAUUAUGGAGUCUACAGAGCAAACUUCAUGUUUAUGAUGAAAUGAAGAAGAUAAAUAUCCAAACUUACACUACUUACACCUUCACACACAUGUACACACACACACGUACGCAAACAAACUGUUAGUAGGCCUACACCUGGAAGUCAGUAAACAGUCAGCCUCUCCUCCAAUCAAUGUGUAACUUUAGCCUGAUGUCACCUUUACUACCCCAUGAACUAGUGGACAAAAAGUCACGUUCCUGAUUUCUCUCUAUGCUCCACGCAAUGACGGGUGGGUCUCUGACGUCCGAGGUUAUCUUGCUAUGCAUUUUGCAAAGUUUUCAUCAAGGCAGAAAAGAAUGACUACUAGUUCUACAGAAGGUACACUUUUAAGCACACAUAGUUAGAAACGUCAGCAUUUAAGAAGAGAGACAGAAAAGUCUCUGCAGUGUUUCGGCUCCCAAAGGCAUAUGAUUAACACACAUACUUGAUUAAAGUCAGAGUUUCAUAUUUCCCUAUCAUAUAUCCAUCCCUAUCCCCCUCAAACGCUGCAGACUGAACUAAAGGAGUGACAGGUUCCUCCGAUCUAUACUGCACAACAUCGACCGCAUUAGAGCUACAACCUCCUUCAUCUACAAACUUUCUUCAGCUUGAUUCAUCAAAACAUCGGAAACCCCAUUCCCCAAAGGACUGGUAACUUUGAUAACUGGGUAUUUACAGCUACCUUAGCAUAAUCCCUACCUGGCUAAGCAUAAAACAGUUUUAUCUUUGCCAUUACACAUGCAUUGAUUUGCUGUGUUCACUGAACGUGACUAAUGGGAUAUACUGUAUAUUCAUAAUUAUUUGGUAGUUGGCAUCGCCACACCAUACAAGGGUCAUUGUUAGAUAUUGAUGGAACCUAGGGUGACCAGAUUUGAGUUUGUGAAAAAGAGGACACUUCGUGGCGGGGGGAGGGGACGGGGUAGUGUAUAGCAUGCCCCUCCCCCGCGACAAAGUUUUGACAGCUUUUUCAAAUGCAGACAUGCAGAUGACCCCGCCCCCUCCCCCCACCACGAAGUUU